CACCCGCUCUCUUAUUUUAAGGCAGGAGAUUGGAAGAAACAAACAACAACACGAGAGGAGUUGUGGCAGGCGCCUGAUAGACUGAAGUAGCUCAGCUUCGUAGACAUUUUCACACUAUUUUAAAUUAUUCCAAGGGAUCUACCAUGAGGAGGUGUGUGGAUGCUGCGCUCACUCUGCUGCUGGCCGCGUCCCUGUCGUGGCGGAGCGCGCGGGCGGGCUACGGGAUGAGCCUGUUCGCGGCUCAGACGUCCCCCCCGGACCCCUGCUACGACGAGCACGGCAACCCGCGCCGCUGCAUCCCGGACUUCGUCAACGCCGCCUUCGGGAAGGAGGUGAAGGUGUCCAGCACGUGCGGCACCAAGGCGCAGAGCCGCUACUGCGUGGUGAGCUCCGCGGAGAAGGGGGACGAGAGGACCCGGAACUGUCACACCUGCGACGCCUCCGACCCCAAGAAGUACCACCCGCCCGCCUACCUCACCGACCUCAACAACCCGCACAACCUCACCUGCUGGCAGUCCGAGAACUUCAUCCAGUUCCCGCAGAACGUCACCCUCACGCUGUCCCUGGGGAAGAAGUUCGAAGUCACGUACGUGAGCCUGCAGUUCUGCUCCCCGCGGCCCGAGUCCAUGGUCAUCUACAAGUCCAUGGACUACGGCAAGACCUGGGUGCCCUUCCAGUUCUACUCCACGCAGUGCAGGAAGAUGUACAACAAGCCCAACCGGGCCGCCAUCACCAAGCAGAACGAGCAGGAGGCCGUGUGCACGGACUCGCACACCGACAUGCACCCGCUGACCGGCGGGCUCAUCGCCUUCAGCACGCUGGACGGGCGGCCGUCCGCGCACGACUUCGACAACUCCCCGGUGCUGCAGGACUGGGUGACGGCCACCGACAUCAAGGUCAUCUUCAGCCGGCUGCACACGUUCGGGGACGAGAACGAGGACGACUCGGAGCUGGCCCGGGACUCCUACUACUACGCCGUGUCGGACCUGCAGGUCGGCGGGAGGUGCAAGUGCAACGGGCACGCGUCCCGGUGCGUCAAGGACCGGGACGGGAGCCUGGUGUGCGAGUGCAAGCACAACACGGCCGGGCCGGAGUGUGACAGGUGCAAGCCGUUCCACUACGACAGACCGUGGCAGAGAGCCACGGCCAGGGAGGCCAACGAGUGUGUCGCUUGUAACUGUAAUCUUCAUGCCCGAAGGUGUCGCUUCAACAUGGAGCUCUACAAACUGUCAGGGAGGAAGAGCGGCGGCGUCUGCCUCAACUGUCGCCACAACACGGCCGGCCGCCACUGCCACUACUGCAAAGAGGGCUACUACCGGGACCUGUCCAAGCCCAUCUCACACAGGAAGGCCUGCAAAGCAUGCGAUUGCCAUCCCGUGGGCGCAGCUGGCAAAACCUGUAACCAAACCACAGGACAAUGUCCCUGUAAAGACGGCGUGACUGGUAUCACGUGCAACCGCUGUGCGAAAGGCUACCAGCAGAGCCGCUCGCCCAUUGCACCCUGCAUAAAGAUUCCAGUUGUGCCUCCGACGACCCCGUCCAGCAGCACCGAGGAGCCGUCCGUAGACUGUGACUCCUACUGCAAGGCGUCGAAAGGCAAGCUGAAAAUCAACAUGAAAAAAUACUGCAAGAAAGAUUACGCUGUCCAGGUUCACAUCCUGAAGGCGGACAAAGUGGGCGAGUGGUGGAAGUUCACCGUCAACAUCAUCUCCGUCUACAAGCAGGGCGAGAGCCGCAUCCGCCGCGGGGACCAGUUCCUGUGGGUCCGGGCCAAAGACGUGGCCUGCAAAUGCCCCAAGAUCAAGCCCGGGAAGAAGUACCUGCUGCUGGGGAACGACGAGGACUCCCCCGGCCAGAGCGGCGUGGUGGCGGACAAGGGCAGCCUGGUCAUCCAGUGGAGGGACACGUGGGCACGCAGGCUCAGGAAGUUCCAGCAGCGCGAGAAGAAGGGCAAGUGCAAGAAGCCAUAGGCGGGAUGCUGCCGAGAGAGGAGUUCACCAGAAAAGCUGAUUGAAAAAUGAGAAAGGAAAAAAAAAAAGAAAGAGACGGACAGACAGAGGACCACGGACAGAGAAGAGACUGUUUAUGUUGCUGCUUUUUUGUGUAGAAGCAUGAAGAGAAUUAUUUAGGAUGACUUGUUUUUUUGUUUUUUUCUAGUGAACUUUUGUUGAAGGAGCUCACAUUGCAGAUUUGGUUUUAUGGUUUAUUUUACUUUGAGAUCCGUCUCUCUUGUGGAUUUGCCGAAUUUGCACCUAUUACCAGUAUAUAACAUUGUUUGUGUUUUUUUUUUUUUUUUUUUUUUUUUUUUUUGCUUUCUUUAUCCCAGUAUGAAAUCAUUAUAUUUUAUGUUCUAAUUUUAUGGACAUUUUCUGCUGGUACAAAAAUGACAGAAGGCAACACAGGUACAGCCGCAGCUUUUGCCUCUGCAUGGUUUUCUUUUAGCGUCCGUAGUGAAGAAACACGCUCGUUUCAUCAGGAGUCACUGAUCACGACCGAAGCAGAAAUUUGUGCCAUCACAAAUUAGUGUUUCCAAGCCAGAGAAAUGCACACAUUUAGCUUAUCCAAGAGACGCAGUAUCACUGAAAUUCAAGUGUAUCUGCAACUCAACCAACGAUUCUGUCCUACAUUUUCAUCUGUCAGGUUCUAUUUUUAGUUUUAAUGAAGCUUGAGCCGGGUUUCUACACGAUACGGCUUUCCUGGUUAAAGGGACAGUAACUAAGUAGGAAAUGAUGCCACUGGGUGGCAGCAGUGAGUUACCGGCUCAGUUUCAGUAGCUAAGUUUUCAGCAGUUUUAGCAUUCAUAGGAUAUCUUCUCUCAAAAUCUGAUUGCUCCUUAUAAGGCGUUGCAGACGCUCACUGCACCACCUGUUGGUACGAAGCGGUACUACAAGUCCGACCUGCUUAGCUAGUUAAAUUUCAGAAGAUUUCACUACAUCGAUGAGGCUAUUUUUUUUGUUUAAACGCCAUACCUUCAAAUUUUAAGUGGAAAACUUGCGUGUGAACAGCUAAGAACGUUCACGAGGAAAAUGCUUUCAUUUGGGAGCAAAUAAUGCAAAUUAUGUGGGUCAGUUCCACUUUACUUACACUGUGAUUUUUGCUUCUUUUUUUUUUGUGUUCUGAUAUUUAAUUUCACAAAUCCAAUACCAGUUUUAACAAGUGACUUCAUUAUAAGAGAUCAAUUUAAAUUAAUAUUUCAUGGGUAGAGCUAAUAGAAUGAAUUAAUGAGUCCCAAUUUUACAUGAAAUUAAAAGGAUUUUCAUCGACAUUAGAGAUGUUCCGCUUUCUGCUGAUAGAAACUGGAUGCAGCAUCAGUAGAAUUGUGAAAAUCCCACACUGAUGAAAAAAAGAUAUGCAUAUAUGCUGAUCAACCGUAACAUUAAAACCAGAGAAGUGAAAUGAAAAACACUCAUCGUGUUUGUGACAGUCAUUAGAAAUUCGAUAUUUUAUUAGUUUAGUUGAUUAUUGUCAUGUGGAUGAGUUUAAAUUUGAGAAGGAGCAAAAUCUUGACGGUGUCUGCCAGUCUGCAGAGGUUAUUAUCGAUCGAUGGAAAACCACUGCAAUCAUCAAUAAGGUUGGAUUCAUGGAUGCCAGUGUGAUCCAAACACACCAGACUUGAUGCUGCUUCCGCUUAGACAUGUGCCAUAAUGUUUUGUUUAAUCAGCAUGUUUGCGUCUCCUUUCAUCAGUCCUGUCUGGGGAGGGAAUGUCUUCAUGGGUUGGAUGAAAUAAUUGACUUUUGUUGUUUAAUCUGAAUACACAGUUAUUUGCAGUUUCACGUACAUAACGACGGGAUGUUAUGGCGGACCGGGGCACAUAUGGCACAUUUUUCUUUUUGAGCGUUUCUUCACAAUAGCUCAAUAUUUUUGUACAUUUUCACCACACCUGUCCUUCAAAGUGGGUUUCGGUCAGAAUAGGAAAGGAGAAACUUGUUCACUGACCUUUAAUAACAGUGAGAAUCUCCACCAACACUCUCCGUCUGGAAAAAGUGCAUUUAUAUGUGGAAUAGGAUGACGGCUCAGUGAGAGUGGGCAUAAUUAAAAGAUAAUUUUCUUACCUCAUGCAGAGCAGAAAUAAAUCCCAUCAGUGCAGAAAAUUGAAAACCCGACGCACCUUUAAAAAGCGGCUCGCCAUUUGCUUUUAAAAUCCGCCUCAGACUGGCUCACAUUCCUCUGAAGUACCUCCUCCUGUAUUUGGGACUGCAGGUAAACACACACACACACACACUCGGUUUGCAUGACUGUACAUUCACGGAAAUGACAGGAAGGGACCAGCCGGGAGGCGCAGGCUCCUUUUCACCUGCCAUGUCAAUUCUCUGCAGCUCGGCUUGGGACGAGGGAAAAAUGGGGAGAGAAGCUAUCACGUGUGGCUGCUUGAUUUCAACCAUUUUUCUCAUUUAUUUGUGUGCAGUUCAGUUUGAUUUUCCCCGAGGAAUGCAUGACAAAAACACGGCCGAGGUGCGCACAACGGCCCAACCAAACCUGUGUGUCAUUUGUCAGGAAGAGCGCUUUCAACAUUCCACAAACUUACAAACAGCUCCUUUUUAAUUCGAUUCUGUUUUAGCUUAAAAAAAAAAGAGCUUUCACAAUAAAGAUGGAAAAUUGUAAUUGCUAAAUAAUUCUUGAACCCAUAACUAUCAAAAGUAACAUGUUUUCAGUUCAGAGGUUUGAUUUUAAAAACAAAUCAUGAAAAGAAUUAACAAUAUUGUAGAUUCAUGAGAUGCACCAGCACAUUUAGUAUUCAGUUGAUUUUGAUUUUUCUUUUUUUGCCACAUAGCCAUAAAUAUAAUUGUGAUUUCAGCCUGAUGUGAUGCAAGGACGGAAAUGUGUGUGUCAAUGUUUGGAGGGAGAAACAAAGAAACAAAAAAAAAAAAAAAAAAAAAACUUUCCAAGAAAAGCGUGGCUCAUGAUUUCCUCUUCCCUCGUUUCACUUCUUAAAACAUCAAUGCAACUUUACCUGGAAGUAUUUGUGCUCGUUUUUGGCACAAUAUAAAUCUGUAACCACACGUCUCCUGUAGCCUCAUGCUGUAAAUUUUACAUCUGCCUCCUGAGCGGUGGUGUUGACAAGCUUCCCGAUGAAACGCUACACACACACACACACACACACGUGUCAAAGCAUUGCUUUGUGUUCAUACUAUGAAUUGUAAAUGUUGUCACCAUUGCAAAGACUUUUUGCAAUGCUGUUUUACAAUGCCUACUAAUAUAUUAUGGUUAUUAUUAUAUAUGAAUAUAUUUAAUGACACAAGA